AUGUCGGCCCCGGGAGAAGAAGAAAUCUCGCCUUAUGAGCUCCUCGAGCUCCCGAUGGAGGCGACGGAGCAGGAGAUUAAGACUUCCUAUCGCAAACGGUCCUUGAAAGUCCAUCCGGAUAGGAAUCCUAAUAAUCCAGAUGCAGCCCGAAAGUUCCACGAACUAAACCAAGCCUACGAGCUCCUCCUCGACCCCCUACGCCGCCUCGCACUUGAUGCCAAACUGCGCCUGAAAAACGCACGCAAGGAACGAUACAAAGCGUACGAUGCCAAACGGAAGAACCUGGUCGAGGAAUUGGAGGAGCGGGAGAAGGCGUUUAAGAAGGCUAAGAUGGAGAAGCAGAGGGAGGAUGAGCAGUUGCAGUAUCAGACUGAGAGGAUUAAGGAGGAAGGGAGGCGGUUGAGGGAGGAGAAGGAGAGGAAGGCCAGGGAGGCUGAGAAGGAGAAGAUUAGAAUGGAGGAAGUGGCGAAGAAGGCGGAGAAGAUGGAUGUGGAUGUGGAGGAGCCGCCGCCGUUGGACCAAUUUGAUACCACUGUUAGACUCAAGUAUGCCUUGAAGUCGCAUCCGGGGUUGACCACGAAAGAAGCUAUUGCGGCGUUCCUGUCGCCCUUCGGAGCUGUGGAUGUGGAUUCUAUCGUGUUCAGUCUCAAGACCAAGGCUAAGAAGAAGGCAAAGGCUGCUGGGGAUGUGACGGGACCACCGACACAUGCUACAGCCCUCGUCCCCUUCAAGACUAUUGGAGACGCUUAUGCCGCUGUCUGCGCGUCAACCUCACCUUCCCCCAAGGUCGAUCUAAAGGGCAUGGAGAUUGGAUGGGUGAACAAUAAGGAACCUUUGAUUCUGGGCUGGCUCAAGAAGAUGGGAAAACUACCCUCAUCUCGGGAACCUUCAAAGUCACCCCCGACGGAUUCUGCCAAGCAGGAGGAUAGUAGUCGGUCCACACCCUCUUUCUCGUUCGUGGCUCCUUCAACGAACGACAAUGCCUCGAAAUCCACUCCGUUUUCGUCUUUCCCCGAUCUGGAACCUCCUUCGAUUCCGUCAACGACGGACGUACCUUCGUUCUCCGGCUUCACUGGCGCACCAGGGUUGGAUUACGAGAGCUUGACGUUGUUGAGGUUGAGGCAGGCGGAGAAGGAGAGGCUGGAAAGGGAGAUUUUGGAAAGGGAAAGAGAGGAGGAAGAGGCUGCGGCUAAGGGGUCGUGA